AUGAGAACGCUGCUCGCUUCCCAAAAUGCCCCAGCCCCAAGUUUUUCGCCCGACUCAGCAGACAUACCAGAGACCCCAGAACAAGCUGCCCUGCGGAGCCACCUCUUGGCCUCGCUCGACGAUUUACGUCUGCUCGUCAACGGGCCACGCCGUACGAUACGCAGCCUCAUCUGUUUCAGCAACGAUCUGGCUGCCUUUCAGGUCGCAUUCGAUUUCAACUUCUUCACUAUUGUGCCUGAAUCGGAAAAGGGCAUCGCAUUAGAGGAGGUCGCACGGCAGGCAGGUAUUGACGUGGGUCGGACGCGCCAGGUAAUGAGGAUGCUGUGCACGCAUCGCGUUUUCAGAGAGAUCAAGGAAGGUUGGUUCGCGCACACGUUGACCAGCGUCCUCUUCAAACGAGACGAAAACUUGAGGAGUGCUGGGCAUUUUGGAAUGGACGAGAUCUUCAAGGCCGCCUCUUCGACGAGCGACACCAUCAAGGCGUCGCCUCAGAUCUCCGAUCUCACGCAUUCCCCCUUCAAUACUCGCCUUGGUGCCUCUAUGUUUGAUUACUACGACCAGAACCCGGAGCACGCUGCUCGAUUCGCCAAGGCUAUGGCUGGAGUUGCGAGCGUCGACCGCAAACCUAGCACAAUGGCUGACCUGUUCCCAUGGGAAACCCUCAACGGCACCAUCGUCGAUGUGGGUGGCGGCAGCGGGCACGUCGCCCUCACCCUCGCGCAGCGAUUCCCACAACUCAACUUCCUCGUGCAAGACUCGCCUGAUAUGCUUGCUGAGGGCAAGCGCAUCCUCGCGAAGGAAGAUCCUGCCGUGGCCGGCCGCAUCGAGCUAAUGCAACACGACUUCUUUCAGGUGCAGCCGCCAUCAGAACGCCUUUCUGCUCGCGGUCCCGUAGCUGGGUUCUUCCUCCGCCACAUCUAUCACAACUGGAACGACGCCGACUGCAUAAAGAUCGCCCGUGCACUAGUGCCCGCACUAGAGGCCGCCGCCCCAGGAACGCCGAUGCUUGUCAGCGAAAGGGUGCUCCCCGGUCCCAACAGUGGUACGCCGCUACAUGAGGAGCGCGGCAUGCACCAGAUGGACAUGAUGAUGAUGGUGGAGCUGGGGGCCAAGGAGCGAACGCAAAAUGAGUGGCAGGCGCUAUUCAGGGAGGCAGACGAGAGGUUGGACGUGAAGAAGGUGCAUGGAUCGGGUGCAGCGGCCAUCGUGGAGGUGGUGCUUGGGCUAUGA